UCUGCAGCACAUACUGUAGAUUUGCAGAUUGUACUCUGUUCUGUACUCUAAAACAGCUUCUGUGAUUAAUUUGACCAUUGUGUUUUUUUAAAUGUCUUCUUUGAAUGGAUCUUCAUCUAACAACACUCAGAGACUGAUGGAUCAAUAUGUACCAUUGAAGACAUUUUUGCUUGUGACACCAUGUGUUAUUUUCCUCUAUGUCAACGGAGUCAUGAUCUUCACUUUGAGGAAAAAGACUGUUUUCCAGCAGACGUCUCGCUAUAUUCUGUUUGGUCAGAUGCUUUGGGUCGAUACUCUCAGUCUCCUUAUGAGUGUGUUGUUGUAUUUAUGUGCUAUCAGUAGGAUUUUAAUUAUGAAGAAUGUUUGUCUUUUUCUUCUCAUUGCUGCAACAUAUCUCUAUCACAUCUCUAUUUUAAAUCUGUCAUUAAUGUCACUGGAGAGAUAUGUGGCCAUCUGUUUUCCUCUCAGACAUGCAGAAUUCACCAGUUCUGAAAGAACUCACAUAGCUAUUGGUGUUAUUUGUAUUUUAGGUAUGAUUAAGUCUCUGUCUGAGAUUAUUAUUUUUUAUUGCAUUGAUACUACAAACAUAGAAAUGAGUUUGUUCUGUUCAAGAACUACUCUUUUUAGGCUGCAGAUCUACAAUAAACUCGAUAUAGCUUUCACAAGCAUGUUUUUUACUUUAGUAAGUUUUGUUAUAAUCUUUACUUAUGCCUCUAUAGCAGCUGUGGCUAAAACAGCUGCCUGUGAUAAAAUGUCAGCCAAAAAAGCCAAUAAGACUGUUCUUCUGCAUCUAAUACAGCUGGGUCUUUGUGCGUUAUCCAUCUUAGCUGGAGUUAUCCAAGAAGUUAUUUAUGUUAAUACUGACUUAAUGACAGCAUUACAUGCUAUAUAUGUUUGCUUUUUAGUGCUUAUAAUGUUUCCCAAAUUUCUAAGUCCUCUUAUAUAUGGUACGAGAGACCAGACUUUCAGUUGUAUAUUUAUACAUUACUUUACAUUUGGUAAAGGUGGUACAGUUAAACCAGUUAUCAUAGAGCAAUGCUUAGUAGCAAUCAUUUAAAAAUAGCUCUUAGUAUGAAAUUUAAUUUAUUUAUACUGAAUAUGUGUACAUGAAGAUAAAACGUUAGACAAAACUAUUGGUAACAAGUAAUUAAUAAUUUGUUGUGAAAAUAUUCUGAAUUUGAAGUGCACUAAAAAAAAUGACCUGAUGCAAAAGAAAAAACAGUCAGUUAGCUGAUAUGGAAAACUGUUUUUUUUUUUUUUUUUUUGUUGGUAUGAUAUAUUUUUAACACUGACCAUGCAACAUUUAAAAAUCAUGUUUUAUAUUUGAAAAAAUUUUUGUACUUUGUGUUUUGGACAAAAUCUUUUUGCAACCUUGCUUUUGAUCUACUCCUUUUUGAAAACAAUAGAGUAAAUUACUUUUUUAAUUUAGAGCCUUUUUUUCUGUUUUUUGUGUAAUGCAUAUGCUUUCUUGAACCAAAUGUAUUUAUGUAAUUCAACUGCAUGCUGCAUUUUUCUUAUUGAUCUAACUUUUUAAAAAUAAUAAAAGUUAAUAAAGUUUUCAGUGGUUUUAGGGGUAAUGUUUCGAUUUUACCUAUUGUAGGAAUGGGAUUUAUCUACUAGACAUACACUGACCAAUUCAAAAAUACCCAUUUUAGCCAGUCCCUGAUCUUUAUCAGCAUCUGUAUGAGUCUUUUUUGUGAAAAGACAUGUUUUCCAAUAAAAUAAAUGCAUAUCAUAAUUUACAUUCUUCUACUAUAGUAACCUGUGAUGGGUUAUUCAAUAAACAUGCACAAAGAUUUUUACUCAUCAUAAAAA